UCUAUAUCGUCGUGGUUGAGCCACUUGGUCACACACCAGCCCGUAUUGGAACCCCAUUGAGUCAGUCGCUCUCUGGACUCCUCCGAGCUCACACGAGCUUCAAGCAACCGCGAAUUGUGUGUGAAAAGUGUUUCAUUUUUGUGGAAGAAAAUUCACAAAUUUUCGGCUGGCUCUAUAUUGGCGUGUUUGAAAAUUUGCUGACGAAACUCUCGAAUUUCUUGCUAGAAAAACCCCGUGCGUGGUGGACAGUGUAAAGGAUUUAAUUUGUGACUAAUCAGCACCUAGAAGUUUUUAAUCUUUUACUUUUGGAAGUGAUCAGAAUAAAGUUAGAGCGGGAUGCCGCCGCAGAAUACGUUGGAAUUAGCAGAGAAUGGUGCGCAGGAGACAAAUAAUGGCACCUUUGUGGAGACAAAUGGGAAGGAUCACACGAAGCCACCUAGUGAGGAUAUCCCUGACGUGGCAACGGCACAGGUGGUCGUUCCACCAGAUGGUGGAUGGGGUUGGGUGGUGAUGAUGGCGUCCUUUUGCUGCAACAUCGUCGUGGAUGGCAUUAUUUUCAGUGCUGGUGCACUCUUGAAGCCCGUCAAGGAUGAAUUUGACGUCACGGAUGCCGAAGUGGCGCUCGUUACAUCCCUCCUCAGUGGUUUCUACCUCAUGGCGGGACCUUUUGUGAGUGCUCUGGCCAAUAGAUGGGGUUUCCGGCCUGUAACGAUGAUGGGUGCAACAAUUGGAGCCAUUGGCUUCUGCACGUCCUACUUUGCAACAAAUAUUGUUCACCUCUAUAUCACCUACGGUGUCAUUGGUGGGAUUGGUUUCUGCCUCAUCUAUAUGCCGUCCGUAAUCACUGUGGGGUAUUACUUUGAAAGAUGGCGCGCCCUGGCCACGGGAAUUUCUCUGUGUGGCUCCGGUAUUGGCACAUUCAUCUUUGCCCCACUUACGGAUUAUCUCAUCACAUCGCAAAAUUGGAGGAUCACCCUCGUUAUUCAGGGAGCCAUUAUCAUGCUAUGUGCUCUCUUUGCCAUCUGCUUCCGUCCCAUAAAACCGAUUGAGGUUCCAAUUGAUCAAGCAGCUGCAGCUGAGAAGGUGAAACUCCACGAGGAUGCAUUUGAGAAGCGUCUCGCCUAUUCGGUGCCCAAUAGCGUCCACAACACAUGGAUGGGCUCCAUUCCCAACAAUCACUACCCAACUGCAUCUGAGGUCUUUCGUGGUAGUGGACAGGAUCUCAAUGGUCAUGCAAAGCGCACGUCUGAAGAUAGAGACACACAGGUGGCACCCCUUAUGCCGGCAUCACUGGAACUCCGUCCUGUCGGUGAAACCGAUGAGAAUGUCGAUGAAAAUGGUGCUCUGCUUGAAGGGGGUGAGCCACGUCCUGUAAUUGUCCCCAAGAGACGCCAUACUGUGUCUGAACGUGAAAGUAGCCGACCCGGAAGUCGACGUGUAUCCACCACGGAAAAUCCACGACCACUCUAUCGCGAUGAUAUUUUCUUCAGUGGCUCUCUGGCACGUGUGCCCCAGUACCAAUCCCAAACAUCCCUUGGCUAUCAUAUGUCCGUCACGAGACUCCCUACGCAACAGGAUAAGCGCGAAGAAAAGGAGAAAUCAUGCAAAUUAUGCCCAGAGAUGGUUAAACGAACUCUCGCCACCAUGUUGGAUAUUUCAUUGUUAAAAUCUCCAACAUUUAUCCUUUUGGCUCUGAGUGGCUUCCUGACAAUGAUGGGCUUCUUUAUUCCCUUCAUGUACCUCGUGGCACGUGCUGUGGCACGUGGAAUGGAGAAACAAACAGCUGUUUUUGUACUAUCCUCCAUUGGUAUUGCCAAUACGAUUGCUAGGAUCGGUUGUGGUCUUAUAAGUUCAAUUAAGGGCGUCAAUUCGCUCCAUGUUAACAAUAUUGCCAUAACUCUCGGGGGUGUUGCAACAAUCUUCAGUGGUUACUCCAUGAGUGAAGCCUUCCAAUUUACAUAUGCUGUCUUCUUUGGCAUUGCUAUCGCUUGUUUCUCAGCCCUUCGAUCAAUAAUCGUUGUGGAUUUACUGGGUUUGGAGAAGCUAACAAAUGCCUUUGGGAUACUUAUGUUGUUCCAAGGUAUUGCCGCCGCUAUUGGAUCACCAAUUGCUGGAGCAUUCAUGAGCUGGACUGACAGUCACGAUGCUGCUUUCUGGCUCUCUGGUGCCCUGAUGACACUCUCAGCUGUAAUUAUCUACCCCCUUAACUGCAUAAAGCGCUGGGAGGAUGGCCGAAAUGAUGCAAAGAACACCUCAAAGUCAGCUGCUUAGGAUGUGUCAUAAAAAAGGAGAUUUAGAAGCCAUUCUGGAGCUGUUACAAUUCUCUGUGUCAUUGAAUGUUAUCUAAGAAUUUUUUUAGCCCCCACUAUUCUGUGAUAUCAGCAUGGAAAGGUUUUCAGCAGGAAUUUGUUGAUAUUUUUUUUUCAAGAGAGAGAGAGAGAUAUUUAAGCGAUGAAAAAUAUACCAAGAACACAUUACUAAAAAAAAAAUAUUUUGUAUAACAUUUUAAAAUAAUUUUGUACAUAUUUCAAAUGUUUUUUUUCUGUAUAUUUUUAUGCAUUAGAAAGAUUAUGUUGAAAAAAUAUUUUAUAGAAUUUGCUAAAAGAAAGACUUUUUUCGUAGGAGAAAUGUGCCUUAAUUUUACAACAGAAGAAAUAAAAUCAAUGUAAAUAUUUUUCUAUAAUGGAUUAUAGGCAUUUAAAGGGUGUUUUUGUCAAUAGUGUAGGAAACCAAUUAGAUAUUUUACUAAUAAAUGCAUAUAAUUGUGUUUUAGCUAAAAGAAAAAAAAACUAUUUUAUCAAUUUAUUUUCAUUAGUAUGUGAUCUUUCACACUGAGAGUCCAUUAGAUUUUUAUAAGGUAAAAAAAUAUAUCAAUUAGAGAAGUUAGAAAACAGUUCGUGUAGAUUUUCCUGUUAGUUUCUAUUUAAUAGCGAUGAAAACAACGCAUUUUACUACGCGUGGACGAAGCAAAGGACUUCUAUUUGUUACUCAUUUAAAUAAAAUAUUGUUAGAGAAAUUUACACAAAA